CCGCGCUGCCACCCCGCGAGCCCGCAUCAUGGAUGUCGAGCUCUCCUAUUUCGCUUUGCUCGCCUUGGAAUUCGAGACUCCAGACGAGGACCAGGAUUCAUGAGCCGGUCGCAGGGGCCCAGGCAGGGGCCUCUGGCUCCCGACGCCGGCCGAGAGGUGAUGAGUGAGGUCGGAAGAUCGCAAGAUUUAAAAAGCAACCGGGUCCUCCGUAUCGAAUGAAAGACCCAGUGCAAAGGCAUCACCAUGAACACGAGCAUUCCUUAUCAGCAGAAUCCUUACAAUCCCCGAGGCAGCUCCAAUGUCAUCCAGUGCUACCGCUGUGGAGACACCUGCAAAGGAGAAGUGGUCCGUGUCCACAACAACCACUUUCACAUCAGAUGCUUCACCUGCCAAGUAUGUGGCUGCGGCCUGGCCCAGUCGGGCUUCUUCUUCAAGAACCAGGAGUACAUCUGCACCCAGGACUACCAGCAGCUCUACGGCACCCGCUGCGACAGCUGUAGGGACUUCAUCACCGGCGAGGUCAUCUCCGCCCUGGGCCGCACCUACCACCCCAAGUGCUUCGUGUGCAGCUUGUGCAGGAAGCCUUUCCCCAUUGGAGACAAGGUGACCUUCAGUGGGAAGGAAUGCGUGUGUCAGACAUGCUCCCAGUCCAUGACCAGCAGUAAGCCCAUCAAGAUCCGUGGACCAAGCCACUGCGCUGGGUGCAAAGAGGAGAUCAAGCAUGGCCAGUCCCUCCUGGCGCUGGACAAGCAAUGGCACGUCAGCUGCUUCAAGUGCCAGACCUGCAGCGUGAUCCUUACCGGGGAGUACAUCAGCAAGGAUGGCGUUCCAUACUGCGAGUCUGACUACCAUUCCCAGUUCGGCAUCAAAUGUGAGACUUGUGACCGGUACAUCAGCGGCAGGGUCUUGGAGGCAGGAGGGAAGCACUACCACCCUACGUGUGCCCGGUGUGUCCGCUGCCACCAGAUGUUCACGGAAGGUGAGGAGAUGUACCUCACAGGUUCUGAGGUUUGGCACCCCAUCUGCAAACAGGCAGCCCGAGCAGAGAAGAAGUUAAAGCAUAGGCGGACGUCCGAAACUUCCAUCUCACCCCCUGGAUCCAGCAUUGGGUCACCCAACCGAGUCAUCUGCGCUAAAGUGGAUAAUGAGAUCCUUAAUUACAAAGACCUGGCAGCUCUCCCCAAGGUUAAGUCCAUCUACGAGGUACAACGCCCCGACCUCAUUUCCUACGAGCCUCAUUCCAGAUACACGUCCGACGAGAUGCUGGAGAGAUGUGGCUAUGGAGAGUCGCUGGGAACAUUAUCUCCCUACUCCCAGGACAUCUACGAGAACCUGGACCUCCGACAGAGAAGGGCCUCCAGCCCAGGAUACAUCGACUCUCCCACCUACAGCCGGCAGGGCAUGUCCCCCACCUUUUCCCGCUCGCCUCACCACUACUACCGCUCCGGGCCCGAGAGUGGCCGGAGCUCUCCAUACCAUAGCCAGUUAGAUGUGAGGUCCUCCACUCCGACCUCUUACCAGGCUCCCAAGCACUUUCACAUCCCAGCUGGAGAAAGUAACAUCUACCGGAAACCCCCGAUCUACAAACGGCAUGGUGAUCUGUCAAUAGCAACCAAGAGCAAAACGAGUGAAGACGUCAGCCAGGCCUCCAAGUACAGUCCGGCCUACUCCCCGGACCCCUACUUUGCUGCAGAGUCCGAGUACUGGACCUACCAUGGGUCCCCCAAAGCGGCCCGAGCCAGAAGGUUCUCAUCUGGAGGAGAGGAGGAGGACUUUGACCGCAGCAUGCACAAGCUCCAGAGCGGAAUCGGCCGCCUCAUUCUGAAGGAGGAAAUGAAGGCCCGGUCCAGCUCCUACACGGAUCCCUGGACCCCACCCCGGAGCUCCACCAGCAGCCGGGAGGCCCUGCACACGGCUGGCUAUGAGAUGUCCCUCAAUGGCUCCCCUCGAUCCCACUACCUUGCUGACAGCGACCCCCUCAUCUCCAAAUCCGCCUCCCUGCCUGCCUACCGAAGGAACGGGCUACACAGGACACCCAGCGCAGACCUCUUCCAUUAUGACAGCAUGAACGCCGUCAACUGGGGCAUGCGAGAGUACAAGAUCUACCCUUAUGAACUGCUGCUGGUGACCACGAGAGGAAGAAAUCGGCUGCCCAAGGAUGUGGACCGGACGCGUUUAGAGCGCCACCUGUCCCAGGAGGAGUUCUACCAGGUCUUCGGCAUGACCAUCUCGGAGUUUGACCGGCUGGCCCUCUGGAAGAGGAAUGAACUGAAGAAGCAAGCCCGGCUGUUCUAGGCAGAGGCUCUAUAAAUAUAUAUGCAUUUAUAUAAAGAUACAUGUAAAAUCUCUAUACUGAAGCUCGGUAUAAUCCUCUCGUGUAAUGGGACGCACCGCCAGCCACGGGACACCCCGCCAGCCACGGGACACCCCGCCAGCCAUGGGACACCCCGCCAGCCACGAGACUUGCUUCUCUGUACUGUCAGGCAAGCCCACGUCAUCGAGAUAUUUUUAUGCUCCUUACUUUCUCUUUUCUAAGUGCUCUGGGGUUCGGGAAGGGAUUUGAGGAGACUCCCAUCCUUUUACUGGGGAUCCUUUUUAUACUGAAACAUCUGUACUAACCUGAGUCCCCCAAGGUCCAACUCUCUUUCCUAAAGGAGGUGCCUGAAGAAGUCUCUCUUCUCUCUGCUUCUCGGCUCUCUCCCCAGUCUCCAGGGUGGAUGCUGACCAGGCAGUUUCCACACCUUACUGGCCCCAGAGGGGCCCUCCCACGGGAGGAUCCACAGUGAUCUCCCAAAGUCACCGAGCGUCAUGGAGAGCCCGUGAAGAAUUCUCCCAUCUCCCCCGGUUAGGAGUUCAGUGCUCUCUGGGGGUGAUGCCCUUAGCUGUGUGGGCCUCGGAUCUACUCACUACAGCAGCAAACGAAGUGGUUCGGGCCUGGGCCUCUCUGCAGCUUCUCAGUCCUCCUCCUCCUGCCCUUGGCCCUAACUUCUCCCUUGUCCAAGUCUCAUGGUAGAAGGAGAAAAGUCAUUUCCCUUCCCUCCACCACUUCCAACUGGUCCCUUUGCCUGGCCCCGAUGUGGAGAUGAGAGGGAAGGCAUGGGAGCUGGCCACAGGAGCCAGAGCAGGGCAUCUGUUGGAAUUGGAGCUACAGGACCUUUUGCAACCCUCCUCUCACCCUCACUGCCCCCAGCACCUCCUAACCCUUCCCCCCUUCAGAGGAGAGGCCCAUUAUUACAGCCUUACUACGAUCUAUGUGCCUGACAACUCAACACACCACAGGGCUAACUUUCCCAUCACAGUUCCAACAGAACAGCUAGACAGACAACCUCUAACUCCCCACCAAACAUAAUAUAGGCCAUGUCCCAAAGAAAGCCUCCUGGUCUAUGUCUGCAGGCCCCUGGGCUAGAAGGGCAACCGAAGCUGUCCCUCACCAGUCAGUCAUUGGCUCCCACUGCAAAGUUGGCCAUGUUUCAUAGGGGAAACCUUUGGAAGAAUGGCUGCUUAUGGAAUUCCAAAAUGAAGCAUUUGCCAACAGUGCUCAUGACCACCCUGGAUUUCCCCAGCGGCUGCCUUUCCUGCCCUCUGGCCUUCUUGAACAGCGAUGAAAGCUUGACUUUAACUUCUCUCCUCCCUUCCCCAAACCUUUGACCCCCGGCCCCCAGUUGGCAAUGUGUGGUGGGGUCUGUUCCUUCCCGGAGAUGCCUUGAUGUAGAUCAUUUUGAGGUCACGGAGGGAAGACGAAGAAGUGGAAAUAACCAUUAUGACUCUCCAGAGGCUGGUGUCGUGACCUGGCAAAUAGAGAACUGACUCCAAUCCAGCGAACCUUCACUGAGCCCCUGUGAUGCUAUGCACCUGCUGUAUCCUGAGCACUGAAGGGGGGAGGGAGGUGGAGACACUGAGAUAAUCAACACGGGAUCUGGACUGGGGGGCAUGCCUGCUAGCACUGGGUGUCCUAGGACAUGGACUCACACGUGAUGGAAGUAAGGCAGGAAGUGAUGGAGAUGGCGUGAGAACGUGUUUGUGAGAUUACUGAGAGAGCAGAUGCAAGUUGGUGCAGACCAAGGAACUUUCUGGAAGAGAUUGCAUUUGAGCGAAGUUCAGGAAGGAUCUCUGUAAACUGAGAGGAGACUGUAACUUGAAAGGGUGACAGGGUGAGGGGCCAGAAGGGGGUCUAAUAUUCUCUCAUUUAAAACAUCAACCCUCUCUGCAACUCUCCUUUUGGCCAGUGUCUUUCAACUGUCCUGACCCUUUAGAAAUGUCCCCAGCCAGAUGCAAUCAUUGAAACUGCCUCAUUAUCACCGGUUGAGAACUUGGCAAGAUGAAGGGCUUUUGUUAUUGUUGUUGGGUAUUUUUGUUUCCCAUAAAAGCACAUAAUUCCAACCCA